CACGACCAGGGCAGAGUGGAGCUGCUAACGCUACAGGCUAGGCGCUUUAUUCCCUUAAAGAGCUUCUCAGAGAGCUUUUAACUGCAUAUCCUGCUCUGUUUGGGUGCUGUUACUUUGUGACCUCUGUAGUGCCCUAGAUUACUGAAAACCGGGGAGACUGGACAGAGCGUGACAUCAUCACUGCUGGAUAAUUUUAGCCCAAAUCCAGGAUCAUCCAAUAGGAAUGCGCCUACUGGACAGGCUUGACUUUAAGAUUAAUCUAUCUGGCUAAGUGGUAAAUCCUGAACCCCAGGCCUGGAUGGAGGGGGUGCGGUGGGCUUUCCGCUGCGGCGCCUGGUCCCCGUCCCGCUCCGAGUGGCUGUUGGCCGCUCGCUGCGUCCAGCAGGAGGAGAAGCAGCGGAUCGGACAGUUUGUGUUCACGAAAGACGCCAAAGCAGCGAUGGCAGGGCGUCUGCUGAUGAGGAAGCUGGUGUGUGAGAAGGUGUGUCUGCCAUGGGACGCUUUCCGUCUGGACCGCACGGCUCGGGGGAAGCCGUACCUCGCUGAGCCCUCACCUGUUCCAGACUCCGUCCACUGGAGCUUCAACGUGUCUCACCAGGGAGAUUAUGCCGUGCUGGCGGCCGAGCCGGGGCGACAGGUGGGCGUGGACGUGAUGAAGACGAGCAGACCAGGAAGCCGCUCGGUGCAGGAAUUUUUCCGGAUCAUGACCCGGCAGUUCACGGAGCUGGAGUGGAGGACGAUCCGGUCGGCUGGAUCUGACUGGGACCAACUGCACAUGUUCUACAGGCACUGGGCCCUGAAAGAGAGCUUCAUCAAGGCGAUUGGUUCAGGACUGGACUUCAACCUCCAGAGGGUGCAGUUUCACAUUUCACCCAAUCAGGUGCAGGAGGGGCAUGUCUACUGCCAGACCAGGAUGCACCUGGACGAGGAGGAGGAGGACAGCUGGACGUUUGAGGAGUGUUUACUGGAUAAGCAUCAUCACGUUGCCGUGGCGCUGGGAAGGCCAGAGGGUUCUGCCUCUAACGAUGCUGGGAAUUCAUCGGAGGCCCCGCCCCCUACUUUCACCCUGCUGAGCUUCAGCGAUCUGGUCUCCGGAGCCAAGCCCCUUUCAGAUGAAGACCCCGCCUACUGGGAGAGCUUUCAGAGCAAGCAGGACGCGCCUGUCCGUCAAAGUGAAACACAGUGACCCCUCCACACCAGCAGGGGCACGGAAGAGUCACACAGAUACACCUGGUGAUAUCAAGUUUGGCCAAAUCACCCAGUUUCCCUGCAACCAUGACUGGUGUCUGAAAUUUGCUUCUUCCGUUUUAGGACUGGAGUUAACGAGUGAGGGAACCUUAUAGCCCACCGAUUAGCAUGGGGCUGACUGAGUGACAUCACUCUCGCCAACAAACUGUGUUGAGUUGUUAAAGGAGCCAAAUGUAAUGAAGUUGAAGAUUUACACAUCUACUGAUUUUCUGGUUUAAAGGAAGAGUCCCCCUUCUGAUGAUGUGUCUUGAACGUGGGAUGAACUGUUGAGGAAAUCAAGAACUUUCUUCAGUUUUUUCAGUAUUGAAAUAUUGAGGGUCACUCACUGAACGGCUUUAAAAUUGUUGCUGAACCAAACAGAACUCAGGUGAACUCAAGUGAAUCCAUGUUGGUUGGAGACGCAAGUAAACAAAUGUGAGCUGCUGCUGCUGUUGUUGUCUCUACUGUUUGCACUGAAACAUUAAAGAAACAGCAGGUAAAGAUGUUUAAGUGAGGGUCGUGAAUGUGAUCAGUUUUAGAUGUAAAUAAACUCGAUUUUGCCUUAAACUCGGCGAAUUAAAAAGCUUUGCUCCACA